CUGCGCAGCAAAGACGCUCAUAAACGAACAUCAACGUAUUUCUGCUCCGCUACAAUUGUUGUGUUGUUGCUAGACUACUGAUGCCAGAGAAAAACAACAUCAAAGGAUUUAUCAAAGAAGACUAUUAAAUUAUAUUUCCAUUUCUGCAUCGUUUAUUCCCGAGCAACGGUGUAAUACGAGAGAUUGUAGGUGUCUGCUGUGCUCGUAACGAAAUCUAAAAUAAUCGCUUGGGGUAGGCUAUAGCUGCGAGGCUAUUGUUGCUUUCGUGUCGGUUUGAGGACAGGCAUUUGAUUAUGUUUUGAUCUCAAAGUAAGAGGUGUUUAUUUUAUUUUAUAUCUCUACCAAAUGCUUGUUUUCCCCCGCAGCUAUAGCUAAGGCAAACGUGUCAACGUAGCGAAAUGAAGCACAGGAAAAUGACAAGAACACGCAAGGAGAGGUUCUCCAACUGUCCAAUUUCUCCAAAGAGAGAUUAGUUUAUUAUUUUAUAAUCUGUAUCCAACUUCAACGAUGUCUCUCGUGGCCAGCGAUAUCCCGACGGACGAAGACCUAGAAGAUCUGGUUGAGGAUGGACUUUCUCUUGCUACCUACAUAUCAGACUCUGGAAAGAAAGCCAGGAAAAAGAAGCUGUCUGGUAAACCUCCCCCUUCUCCCAGGUCUCCGUAUCUCUCCAGUAUGGAUGUGAACCAGAGGAGAUCAGCGGUGUCAGCUUGGAGGCCCCUGAGAGGAACUCUGGGGGAGAGGGGGGAGGCCCUAGCGGGGAGAGGUGACACUCUGUUGGAGAGGGGUGAGGCAGCUCGGACCCCCAGAGAGAACUGUCUGGCUUCGCUAAGCAACGGGCACGGUCUGUCCCAGUCUCUGAGAGUUGACUUUGACACAACACACACCUCAGCCUGUCUCUCCUCUUCUCCCUGCACUCCAGAGUAUCUCCAACAGGCUCUUGGCAUUAAGAAACCCAAACACCUGCACUCCUCAUCCAAUGACUUCAGAGAGAAGGAGGACAUGUACGAUGAGAUCAUCCACCUCAAGAAGAGUCUUCAGGCCCAGAAGUCCGAAAAGGACAGGAUGAAGGCCAAACUACGGCGUCUGGAGGAGGACAAAACUAAGAAAGACAAGCAAAUAGAACAGCUGUUGGAUCCCACCAAGGGACCGGAGUACACACUGAGUCUGGUGGACAAGAAACACCAGGGGAGCCUGGUUGUUAAUGGACUGAAACAGAGAAUCCUGAAGCUGGAACAGCAGUGUAGAGAGAAGGAGAACACUGUGACCAAACUGCAGAGUGAGCUGCAGACCACUAAUCUGGAGGAGUUGAAGAUCACAGUGGAGACCUACUUUGAGGAGAUUCAGAGACUGAGGAUGAUAUUGGAUGCAACAGAGAAAAGCAGUAGAACAGAGAGUAAAGGUUCCCAGAGGAAGCAGAAGGUUCUAAGCUCUACGGUUCUGCGUCUAUCAGAGAACCUUCAACAGCUACAGCAGGAGAACCACACACUGAGAGAGGAACUCAACACAGACAGCCCAGCCAGUGGGCUGAAAGCCUACAAAGACUGGAGCAGACAGAGAGUGUUGAGGAGACUGGUGGAGCUGGAGAGGAGGUUAGAGGAGGGGAGCAGAGCCCCGGCCAGGAGGAGUGGGGUGGACAGACUGGUCCAGACGGACCACCUCACCACACCCACGGAGACAGGGGUUGCUACGACGCCGGGGAUAACCACCGUAACAACGGAAGGGGGCGCUGCAGUGGUAAACACCCAACAGGAAGGGGAGGGGUUUGUCCGUCUGAAGGGGUGUGUCAGACAACUGGAGCAGGAGAAGGCGGAGCUACAGGAGACGCUGACCGAUAGAGAACAGGAGCUGAGACGACUGAUGGCUGAAAGAGAGCAGGAAGAGAAAGAGACGGAGAGGAGGAAGAAUGAACGAAGGAGUGAACAUGAGAAGGAAACACGACUCUACCUACUGGAGAUAGAACAGCUGACCGUGAAGAUACAGUCUCUGGAGGAGGAGAAGAAGAGAUGGACCGAAGAAGAACAGAACCAGGAGGAGAACCGGAAGGAGAACCCAGAAGGGAGGGAGGAGAAGGAAAGAGAGGAGAGGGAAGAACAGAACCAGGAUAACCGGAAGGAGAACCCAGAAGGGAGGGAGGAGAAGGAAAGAGAGGAGAGGGAAGAACAGAACCAGGAUAAGGAAAGGGCAGCUAGGGUGAUCCAGAGAGAGUGGCUGGAGCACAGAGACAGGGACACAGUGUUGGUCCAGUCAGCAAUAAGAGGACAUCUCCUCAGACAGAGCCAGAUAGCUCACCUCCGAGACACACACACCAGCACUCUCAGCAAGGUCUCUCUCUCUCUCUCACACACACACAUGUACGAUGAGGACAUCCACCUCAAGAAGAAUGGCCAAUCACAGCGCGGCACUGAUGUUACCUCCCGUGUGGAGGAUGGGGAGCUGGUUGCCGUGACGCUGAUCCAGUCUGUGUUCCGAGGUCACCUGACACGCAGCGCACUGAUGACGGAGAGCUCUGAGUCUCCAGCCCCUCCUCCCUGUGGACCCACACCAGCUCCUAGAAGAGUCCCGUCUUCCCCUUCAACACACACUCCCAGCAACACAGCCCUUCCAGGCAGUGAUGUAGAUGAAGAUGUAACGGAGCUGAGUGAGGAAGAUCCCUGGCCUGUCUCUAACACACUGUCCAACAGGAGGAGACUCACACCAGCCCAACUACAGCUCCACCCACCUCCAGAUUCCAAGGUUGCUAAGGCGAUGGACUCUGAGGAUUCCGACGAUGACAUCAUCGUGUCUCCGUCUCGUCUCGUGGGAAGGAGAGAAGAAAUCUACUUCUAGACCAGAGCAUUGCACUAUGGGAUAUGAAGUGUGUGUGUGUGUGUGUGUGUGUGUGUGUAGCUGGGUAUGCAGGCUUUUACUCCAGCCCUACACCAGAUUCAAUCAAGGUCCAGAGGACAUGCUGAUAAGUAGAACCAAGUGUGUUUUGGUAGUGCAGGGCUGGAACGAAGUCCUGCACAUGCAGUAGCUCUCCGGGAGGGGAGUGGUUGUUGGUGUCAGGGCUGUAAUGAUAAUGAUAAUAAUGAUAAUCCUGAACAUAUCCAGGAGGGUCGCUUGGCCAGCUCUCUGCCCAAUAAAUCUCCGUUCUGAUACAGAUCGUUUUUUAUGUUGCCAAAGUGCCUGAGUGCUGUAUAUAGAUUAUUGAUGGUCAAAAACAAAGUUAUAAAUCACGGAGUUUAUUGGAGAAUGAGCGACUUUUAAAACAUGUCUAUCAAUAUAAACACUGCUGAUUCAAAACUGUGAAAUUAUUAUCAUAUUCUACUGCAAUAUGACGCUCAGAGGAGAGUGUGUGCGCGCGCGUGAUCGUGCCUCGAGUUGUGUUUAUUAUAAUAGCUGUAAUCCAUGAAAAUAAUGUUUUAUCUGAUUAAAUGAGUAUCUUUCCCUGUAUGGUAAAAACACUUCAGAGGU